ACAUACAAUCCCGAUCCAUCCCCCAUCCCCCACGUUGUGUGGACGUCGAUGUCACUAACUAGCGGUACGCUGUUUUUAAGAAAUCGCCGGAGCAACGCUUGGGGAGAACCGCCAGCACUGAGAGAAGCGAAAACACAGUCGGUGACCAGACACACUGCGAGCCGGCACGGGAGAGGAAUACACGGUGCAAUUCGACAACCUGUGAUAUCCAUACUGUGACCGUCCAGUGAAGGGAAACUGACCUCCAUUAUGAAUCCUGUGUACAGUCCUGUCCAACCCGGAGCCCCUUAUGGCAACCCAAAGAACAUCACAUACACAGGCUAUCCCACAGGUUUUCCUGCUGCAACAACUCCUACCUACACACCAAGUUUAUACCAAACUGGCAAUCCAGGAUAUCCGCCAGUGCUGCUGGUGAAGCAGGGCUGGCCUCAAUCAUCGAUGGAGGUCGCAGGGGCCCAAGAGGGCUCCUAUGAUCCGGCUAUGGACGCUGGCUCAGAGGGCCGACAAUACCAGGCCUCGGCCGCAGCCCUCAGAUAUACAGCAGGGACCCCUUACAAAGUUUCACCUAACCAGUCCAAUGGGGCACCUCCACCUUACUCACCAUCCCCUUCCCCUUACUCCACAUCCAUGUACCCCAUUAGGAGUGUCUACCCACAACAAAACCUCUAUGCUCAGGGUACUUAUUACACACAGCCCAUGUAUGCAGCACAGCCUCAUGUUAUUCACCAUACUACAGUGGUGCAGCCCAACAGCAUCCCCUCUGCUCUCUACCCACCCCAAGUUCAAGCUCCAGGUCCCCGCUCCAACACAGUGGCCAUGGGCAUGGUAACUGGCACCACUAUGGCAAUGUCUGCUGGCACUCUCCUGACCACUCCGCAGCACACGCAGCAUAUUGGAGCACCUCCAGUGACGGUACCAGCGUACCGGCCCCAGGGGACCCCUGCCUAUAGCUAUGUGCCUCCUCAUUGGUAGAGCUACUGAGCCAAACCCAUAUCUGGAGUCAAACUUCGCUCACAACAACUCCAGUCUGACAUUGGUGAUUUUCAGAUGGAGGGAGUACCAAGAACAAAGACUAGAGUGCAAGGGCCGGCUUAUGCAUUCUUUGUGUUUGGGAAAAAGCUGCUUUUUAUUUUAAUUUCUUUUUACUAGCCAAACGUUUGUUUCUAUAAGUUUGAUUUUGCUCUUAACACUUUUAUAAUCUAAACACACUGGCCAGUUGUAAAGUACAUUUGUUGUAUACUUUUGAUUUGAAUGUUUAGUGUGUUUGUACAUAUAUUUUAGCACUUAGGACUGUGGCCAACUUUAAGCCAGUUCCUUCAGCCUUGAGAAUGUACUUGACUGAAUAUGCUGCCAGGUUUUUUUUUUUUUGGGGUUUUUUUUUUUUUUUUUAAGUGAUUCAUAUUUUUGGCUUUAUUCAUUUUUGAACAAGGAGCUGGUUACUUCCAGGCAUCUAAUGAAAACCCACCUGUGCACGUGUCAUACCAUGUUUCUCUGCCUCUCUUGAAUUGCCCUCUCUUGUUUGGGAUAGCGUUCAAGCAUGUCAUUUUCCUGCACAGUUAAUAAUAGCUUGUCUUCCAGUUUAUAGUGGUGCAUUAACUUGUAGGAAUAGAUUCACUGAGUACUUGUGCUGCGGUGACACUCCAAAGGGAGAAUACCUAAAACAUGUUUGCAAAAUCAUACAGACAAUAUUUUCACUAGUUAAGUAAGAACUAAUAACUAUACAUCUAUAGAGUAUUGCAGAAAACUGAAAUUUCUUUAAGUGUAUUAUAUAGGUACCCUGAUAUCUUAGUGAGCAGAUGUGAAGUUUUUUUAUGAACGUGCAAGCCCACUAAACACACAAAUGUUAUUCAAGAAACUGUUCUGCAGUAUAGGAUAUCCACCUCCAUAGGCCCCAGAUGGCGUUAGGGCGUACAUAUCAAUACAACACUCUGAGUUAGCUCAUUAUUUUUUUGAUGGCAUAAAAUGAAAUAGUUCCAUGUUGUGAUAUUGACCAACACAUAAUAAAAUGUGUGUGCGCGUGUGCGUGUGUGCGUGUGUGCGUGCAAUGACUUUUGGAGUUGCGCCAAAUUUCAAACAAUUAACCCCGGGAUAUAAAUAUAAGGCUCUAAAGAGACGUAUGAUAAAUGUUCUUGCGUGAAGGAUAAAAUGGCAAGUUAAAGCUACAGCCCUUAAAUAUUUUCUUGCAAAUAAAUGUCCUUUUUAAAACUUUCUCUCACUGACCUAUUUAAGACAACAGCCCCAUCUGCAAUUGUCCACAUCAUAAGCAAUUUUCUAGUUGCCCCUUUUCAUAAUUAUUGUCAGGUGAGAUUUGCCUGUGUAAAACUAUUUGGCACAUAGUGCUCUAUAUCGUCUGCAUGCAGUUAAAUGUAAAAGAAGGCAGGUGGUGGGAAGUUUGAAGAUGACAGGAACAUUGUCUUGGCUAGCAAGCAGAUAACAAGCUUUUAAAGACCUUUUACCAACAGAUUCCAUUAUAUCAAUAGCCAAACCCCGACUCAACCAUGUUUUCUUAAUUGACGGUUGAGAAAGUGUGUGUGGUGUGGUAGAACUGGAGACUGUUUCAUUUCAAAUGGACCUCUGCACUUUGGGAUGUCAAACUAUAAUCACCAUACAUAGGUAGCAGUAAGUUAAAGAACAAUGUGGUCAUCAGGAUUGUAGCUCUAAAGAUUAGCAUCAGUAGGAAAAUAACAAAAAAAUAAUAAUAAAAAUGUAUUUUGCUUUUUCUCAAGCCAACACAUUAUUUGUCUCGUCCACAAACGAAAUGUUUAUGAUCUUUAAUAGGCUGGAAAUAAGCAUUACAGGCAGUGAUUACCAAUAGAUAUUAAGUAAACACAGGAAUAUUUUUUAUCGCUUUGGACUGCAGUUUUUAGCACAAAAUAUUAAGGCAAUAGUGAGUUGCAUACAAAUUUCCUCUUCAGUGUUUACAAUUUCUUUUUCAGAUAAAUUUCAUUUUCAUUAAACAUCACACCUUUUGGUUAGCGUAAUUUAAAUACAAUUUUUGACUGCGUUAACAUUAUCACUGUGCCACACUUAAAUAUUAGCAAAAUUCAAACCAUCAUCUGGUCUGUCAAGGUGCAGCUACUGGGCUACAUGCAUGUGUAACAUAGCCUAAUCUGUUUCUAGUUGCAUCUUUCUAAUCCUUCUAGUCACAAAUUCAUCAUUCUCUUCGUAUAUUGUAGUGAGGCUGGGUUGGACAGAGUGGCACGUUCUGUGUAUAGGGGGCCCUUGUUAUGUUAUUGCUGUUAUCAAUUUAUAUUGUGUUACAUUUAAUACUGCAGGAUAUGUAAGCAGUAUUGUUUUUGACAAUGUGUUUUUAGGCUGUUAUCGUAGGAGCUGUGGCCAAGCUGUGUGUUCAUUUUGCUUACCUAGCCAUUCAGUCAGGUCACUUACCUGAGUUCAGAUCAUAGCUUGUGAUCUUCUGUUACUUUACUAUGAGUGGAAAGGCUCACCAGUUUGCAAGGCUGUUUGGGUAUCACUAUGUUGCUACAUUACAAUGUUAAUAAAUAUAACUUAAAAGCUUAUUUGUCAUUUAACUACGGUAAUAAUCUCUCUGUUUCACCAUCAGCACAGACCUGUUGCAGCUGCAGUUAGCCAUAAUCAUAACCUCAGUUAGCCGUGACAGAUAUGUUGGGUUUUGUGUAGCCAGCCAGCUGUUGUAAAGAAGCCCUGUCUGUGCUUCACUUCUUUUAGGGGAGGGGGGUUAACAUGGGUCCACCUUGAUGAAACUGAUGACGGUUUGAAUUUUGUUAACCAUGAAGAGUUGCAGGGUGAUAGGGUUGCAGAUUGCAUUUGAAAUUAGCUAAAACCAUAAAGACUGCCAUGGUAAUGAUAUCACAAUCGCGAAAUGUAUUUGGUUUCAGUUAUCCCACAAAGCAUGAAUCAGGUAGACAGUUGUAACGUUAAUGCAAUCUGAAAUUGUGUUUGAGUUUUGCUCACCAUUUAGUGUGGCAUGGUCUUUGACAAUGAACAGUUAACUGCUGUCGUGUGGAAAUGCAAACGGGACGAUAGAUUCAAAUUUCGUUGCUUGUGCCAAAUUAUUGCACGCUGAAGAUGCGAAAAUGUGACUGGAAUUUGCCAUUGCGUUUAUGGUUGGAAUACAAUUAACUCAAUACUUCCACAAAAUUCCGCCAGGUGGCAGCAUUGCAGUUAACCCUGGGUAGCCAGGGAAAUUGUGCUGUAGACCUUAUUAAAAAGAGAACUUGUGUAUGAAUACCCAUGGAGCAAUGCAUUAUCAGAUUAAUCUUAAUUUAAUAGCCAAAUUGCUGACUUCCUCUCAUUGCCCUUUGUUCGUGUAAGGUUAAUAUUUUAAAAUGAACCAGCCCAGGAUGCCACGGCUUCCUGGGUACACAAUAACAGGCAGGGUGGAAGGAAGUUGGUAAUGCACACUAGGGGGACAUUUACAGUGAAACAUGGGUGGAAAUGUAAUGUCCGUGCAGACGGGCUGGAACCCUUCAGGGUAAUGGCUGCAGAUUGAACAGGUUUAAAGGGCAUUUGGAUGAAAGGAAUCCCUCAAGGAUUUUGCUUUUAAGCACGGUGAGACGAUAACGAGGAGAAUUGGGUCUAAAAUAUACCUCCUCUUGUUCAUGUAAACCUGUAGGAGUUGUGAGCGUCAGGGGAAUACCAUUUGCACAAAGAAUCAGAGGUAAUAAUCUAUGCCGUAUAAAAGCUACUCGCGCUUCACGUGGCCUCCACGGUUCUGUUCAUUUUCUUUCUUUUUGGCUCUGUCAACCUAAAAAGUUUUCCACUCCCCCCCACCCCCCUGUCUGAAUCUCAGACACUAAUGUAUUGUGUUAAUCAUUGAACAACACCUUGUCUUGGGACAUUUCUAUUUAAUGUUCAAGUAAAAAAUAAUUGUACUAUUCAAAAGGUAUAUUGUGAUGCAAGACCCAAACAAUGCGAACGAGUAAUAGUUUAGACCCAAUGUGAAUGUUAUGUGGAGGUUAAAGUCUCUGUAAAAUCCAACCUUAUUUAUAAGUAUAACAUUGUGUUUGAACUCUGGGUUUCAAAAUAAUGUUUUAAUUUCUUUGCAUGCAUUUUCAGUGUUUUAUUUUUUCCAACAUGAGUGUUUGAUUAAAAGUUUUAUUGAUCAGUUGAUGUUAAUCGAUAUAUGAUUGAGGAUAUUAAUGGUCUAACUGUUAGUCAUUAGUGCUGGACAUGUUAAGGGGCACAUCUAAACCGGUCUGUUUAAUGAGUUAGUGCAAGUAGGUUAAAUCAUUAUCUUGCAGCCUGUCAGCAGCCAGUGUACAUUUCACCAUCUCACUAGCGUUUUCCACCGGACACUGAAACGCCGCAUAACACAAAAGUGUUUAUUGUUCAACUAGUCAACAAUGACGGGAUAGAAAAUGGCUGGUGCUUUAAUACGUGGUUUUAUCAAUGUGCAUGCAUUGGUGAUUGGAUGGAAUGGACACACAGAUGGACGGAUAGAUUGAAAAAGCAACGCAACACACAUUUUAGACAAGCUCAACAUGUAGUAAUUAGGGUUAACAGUUUUAAAAUACUAUAGAAUAAUUGCAUCGCUGUUUUACCCUUCCUGUUAACACAUCGACAUAAAACCAAGUAAUCAGCUUAUUUCAGCACAUUAAGAAAUAAAAAAAAUACAAAUAAUGUCCCCCCCCCCCCCACCCACACACACACACACACACGUAAAAAUGUAUAUAUUGCACAAAUUCUUAUUCCUUGUACCCACAUAUUGAUAUUAACUCAGAGCUCAUGUCUCUUGUUUCCUUGCUGGGCAUGUUGUUCCAGCUGACACAGUUGCUAAUGCUAGUGUAUUUAAUGGUAUAUUGACAUUGCAGUAAUGACAGUGACAUAUUGCAAACACUGUAAUAUUUUUCAUAACAUAUUGCACAUGACACACAGGAAUUAUGUUACAUUGGCUUAUUAGACAUGACAUAGUACAAGGAAAAUAAUGCAUUAUGAUGAAAUGUUGGCAUGAUGACAUAUCGCACAUAGGCAUAUAGGAAGAAGGCAUGUGACAUGUUGACACUUGAGCUGGGCGUCCCGAGGCCUCCUUUCACAAAAACACACAGAAGGGAUUAUAUCCACUUUGUUGGGCGCGGCAUAUGCUUCCCCAUUAAGAGCAUUUAUACAGUGUGAUGGUAGUGGGUGUAGAUCAACGCCUGUAGCCCUUAGACACCCUCUCAUGUUAUGAGCCAAUUGCAAAUUGCACUCCUUAUUAUGAAAAGCUCAUUGUGAAAUAGAUAACUCCAUCGUGCAACGUAUAGGGUUGAAAAGCACCCCAAAGUUGACCUUGAAUAAUAGAUCUUGGUUUAUUUUUUCAAGUGUCCUUUGUUCAUUCAGCAUAAAAAAAUAAAAAAAAUUAAUGUGAAUGCUCAUUUUAAGAGAGAAAUGUAAACGUUGUCUUCCAGGGGAGAUGUGAUUUUUUUUCCCUCUUUUCUUUUUUUUUCUGUCUUGGCUGAAUUUAGAGUCGAGACUUUGAGAUGAAGAACUUCUUUCUUUCUUAAUGAUGCAGCAAUAGCUACUGAGCAUAUUUCUUAGCGCGGGGUUAGGAUUAAUUCCAGGAAGAGAAUGACAUCAGAUUUGUAUAUUUGAAGUGUACAUUUGUUAUUGUUAAAUGUUGGUUUAGUACAGGCCAGUGACAGAUACUAUAAGGAAAGGUUUGAUUGCGUAUUAAGCUAUAUUUACUUUACUAUGUCGAAGACUCAAAAACCAUUAAAAUCUUUCUACAAAACGCCCGCUUGCCACCGUUCGGUUUCUUUGUGCCUCAUCAAGAAAUUUAGAAAGAAUCUGCUGUGUUCCUACAGGUUUUUUCUUCUUCAAUGGUACCAAUUCUAUACUACUGUCUGACAACUGGGGAAAAAAUUAAACCAAGUUCACUAACCAGAGAGUAUACACAAAGUUAUCCACUUUUUUGUUGUGGAAUUAAUCAUUGCUCAAAUGGAACACGUUAAAGUUGGGCUUCUGAUGUUAAUCACAUAAGGGUAAAUGGAAUUGGACGCUCGCUCAAUCAAUGCUUCCCACUUAUUGUUCAGGAUCUGUUAUAUGGACCACAUGUGUGACACAUACGGGGAAUAUGACUUGGUAUGUUGCUCGGCUGCACAUAGUGCAUACACGUGUACACAGCCAAAAUAAUUUCAGCAGUAAUAUAAAAACACUGUUCUUACUAUAGAUUUUUAUAUUACUGCUAGUCUGUUGUUUUUUUUACUGCUGAGCUGGGCUGACUCU